AUGAAACUCUCAAUACUCCUAUUCCUUCCAAUCCUACUACUCAGUCAACUCUUGGGAAUGAACAAGAUCCUGAUCAAGGUCAAGGAGGUCAAGAACUACGUCAAGAAGGGCAACAUCCUACUCAAAACCCAAAUCCUGAACAGGAUAACGACAAACAAGACGAUCCAAGCUUGCCUGGGAAUUUCCCGGCUGCGAACACCAUUCUUGCUUUGUGCAAUUCCGUUCUCGAGGAUUUUAGAUCAUCACGGAUCCCUAAAGUGGCUGUGUUAUCCAGAAUCUACAUGCACUUACUUCAUGGCAUUCCAGAUAAUGAUGUUUCCUUUGCUUCAACCAUUGAAGAGGCCUUCGCUUGAUAUCUCACUAUCAUUGAGAAUCAUCAACAUCACCUCAAAGAAGCUCAGCAUCGCGGCACUCGUCGACAACGAUCCAAAACUCCACCAGAGAGUCGUGCUGAAAGAGGAAACCCUGACAAAGAUCAAACACCCAACAAGCAUUCAAAACCAGACGAAUUUCAAUAUCCUUGGAUUAUAUCCGACUUCAUUCAUCGUGUCACUCUAUCACCGUCACUUGAGAGCUGUCAACCUUGAUGCUGUCCUCAGCGGUUAUUACUCAAUGUCCAACAACGAUGAGCAAGUGGAGGAGAUUGGAGAUCUUGAAAUACACUUUGGAACAGUCAACCCAACAAAGACAGUUUCAACAGCUUGGGAAUGGAGCAUCACAUGA